UUGACAAGGUUUCAGUUGUCGCAUCAAAAUGGACGUGACUGGUCCCAUUGAGCAUUCAAUAGCCUCGGGCAAAGUGAAACACAGAUUUUUCCAGUGGGCAACCAAGUGGUGUUACGGAAAUGUCGAGCAGGAUAUGGAGAAACCCGAUGUACCUGGCAUCGUGUGCCUCUUGCAGGCGUUGGGCUGCCAAUUGCGAGAGUACGAAAUAAAUAAUAAAUCGGGAGAUCAGAAGAGUAAUUUAAUGAGCAUUAUUCUGGAGUGUGGAACAUCGGGGAUGAGGGCUGUCCUUGAAUUGGAUGACGUUGAUUGCAAAUGCUUGAAGCAAGAGGAUGCCAAAGAUGCGUCCCUCUGGAGCGUCAGUGGAACAGCUCCCACUGGCAGUUUGGACAGCAUCAAUAAAUUCGAAGAUACUGGGAGCAAUCUUCUUCCUCCGGUAUCUCGAGACGAUAGGGCAAUGAUGAGAGACAUUCUUCAUCAUCUUCUCAAUACGAUAAACACCAGAAGGGACAUCAAUCAGAACAGAGACUCUACCCUGAAUUUAAGUAUUGCUAAAAAUGAUGAUUUACGAUCGCCGAUUGAUAAAUCCGAGUCAUUCACACGUUCGUUUACACAGCCAGAAAUUUAUCGCGUGAGGGAGGGAAAGUGUGGGAUGAGGACUUCACCUCAGAUCUCUUUUAUCGAUAGAAGAAUUUCGAUGAGUGCCCAGAAUAUCAGAAAGAUUCCCCUGAUGACGAAGAGAGGUGCAACCCCAGAGACAACUCCAACGAGUGCGUUCCCCCGUCAGAAAACCUGGGACCUAGACACAAAAGGAGAUGCAGAACCUCGUCCCUCACCUCCGAAGAUAUCGAGUUCACCUGUUGUUUUGGGUGAUCUCUGCAGUUCACUGGGACAGGUCUCCCUCCAGAGUGAAGACGAGAAUGUCAGUCUGGCCGAGUGUCUGAAGAGAAUAAAAUACUACGCGGAGAAGGCUCAGAACUCGUAUGGGAUUAUUUCCCCAGGGCCAGGGAAGAAUAAAGUAUUUCUAAAGCCAUCGGGAAGAUCUGGAGUGAGUCCAGGUCGUGUGAACUCGAGGCCAAGCUCUGUCUGUUCGAGUCCAGGACUUCUCUCCGCAAAAUCCACCAUUCAAAAACCACUCGCACGUCGUAGUAUCGGAGCUCCUCUGCCCUCCAAACAAUUAUCAAUCCCCAAGACAACACCGACAAAACUUCCACCUCGCAGGAAGAGCGUCAGUAAUUCCUCGCAGAUGGGAAAUAAAUUGAUAGUUGUUAAUUCUCAGCGAAAUCCCAGUAUGUUAAAGAGAGUUGCGAAUAAAGCCACCCCGUCAACCAGCACCACUUCUCUAUCGAGUAAUGACUCGCGAGUUCUUCUAUCAGCGAAGCGAAGGAUUUCACCGGAUCCUAAGGCUCAGGUUCCUCUUCCUAAAGGAAUUUCACAACUCAAGAUAUUGACGCCUAAGCCUCCAGGAGUCAAUCGAUCCCUCAGCGCACUUUCUGCUGGCAGUUCAGGGCAAAAGGGUAAUACUCCUGAUGCAUCCACCAGGAGUCUGUCCCCGAAUCCUAUGGCGAGGAAAAAUGCAGCAGGAGCAUCCAGUAUCGCGAGAAAAGGCAAAUAAGUUGCUCUUGAAAUUUAUUCCUCGGUUGAAGUAAUUAUUAUUAAACUUUUCGUUCAUUUUUGUCUCGUUUUUUUUUUGUAUUUAGGUUUGAAUGAAUUGAUUUAAAUUAUUGUUCACGAUUUAAUUAGGUGUUCAUCCAGGAAUCGAUAUUGUUCCCACGAUUGAUUGAAAAUUUGUACAUCGCAUGCGAAAAAGAGUUAAUUUUUUAUAU